CGCGGUGCAUGCCGGGAUUGCUCGCAGGUUCCCCACAAGUGAUGGCGGCGCGUGUUCUGGCUCGCUGCAUCGGUCCGCUCGGCCGGCGGUCAGCGGUGUGGUGUUGUCCGUCCAGUGGCUCGUUAAGAGUGGUCGCAGCCCUGGUGCCGGCGGCACGGAGGCCCUUCGGCGUGCUGUUCGGGGAGCAGCACAAGCGGCGGAGCGAAGCGACACGGGUUCCCAGGAGCUCGGCGGUGCUGCAGUGGCGGCGCUUCGGCGACCUGCCGCCGCUCACGCUGGAGUCAAUCGCGGAGCGCGUCAUGUACGUGCUGAAGCUGUACGACAAGAUCAACCCGGAGAAGCUGCAGUCCACCUCCCACUUCAUGAAGGACCUUGGCUUGGAUAGCCUGGACCAGGUGGAGAUCAUAAUGGCCAUGGAGGAUGAGUUCGGGUUCGAGAUCCCAGAUGCUGAAGCAGAGAAGCUGAUGACACCAGAGGAGAUUGUACAGUACAUUGCAAACAAGAAGGAUGUAUAUGAGUAGCCAGGUGACCACCUGUGUUCACGGGAGUGGUUUUUUCUUUCCUCAUUUAAGCAAGAUGUUUCCAUAUUCUUUAGUUCAUAACUUUUGGUGUUGAUGCCUUGUCUGCUGUACACACUAUUUAAUUGUAUGAAAGUGUCCCCAGCCUUGUAUCAGGUUGCAGGAAUAAGUAAUAAAAUGCCAGCUCUUGUUUUUGUUUGGAUAUGGGUAUUGAAGGGAUUUGACAUGUAAGCAGCAGGCUGUGAGUGCAACCUUGCUCAUCUUUUCUACAACUUCUGUGGGGAUGAGGUUUGUGUGAAAGCACUGGAGAAUUGCAUGGCUGCAUUUAAAUGGAUUAUAUGUAGAGGGUGGUAGAUACAGCAAUUUUAUAGGAAAAGUUCAAGCCUUAUCUGGUUCCUGAGGAGGUCCAUAGUCAGUAUUAACCUGCCUUGUACAGUAACUACUUUACGGGUGGGUGGUUUAUUUGUAAACCCCCCCUUCAUUUUUUGUAAUUGAGUGCUACUUGGGUGGAAGCUAAAUUGUACAUGAGUCUACAGUCUUGAAGAUCUCGGAGUUGAGUCUGGAUGGGUUUCCUCCCCCAUUUCAAAUACAUGCUGUACAGUUCACCUGUAGUGGUGAUUAUUGGAGAAAAUGUAAAGUGAAUACACACAUGGUUGAAUUCCUGCAAGUACUCAUUUACCUAUAGAUGCAGCAAGGGAGACUACACUCCCUUAACCAUGAGGCUACCACCUGCCCCAUGUUUGUGCUUCCAUCUUGUAAUACCAAAUUAAACACUGGCUUGGCUGUACCAUA